AUGUCCCAGCGCGUGGUGGAAGAGGUGAUUGUGUACAACGUGGACCGGAUCCAGAUGGCGAAACAGGAGGAGAUAAAUGGCCUUGGUGACUUCCUGAUGCUUGGUGACAAAUCACGGACACGACCGACCGGUCCCUCGGUGGUGUCCUGGUGGGAGCUCUGUUCCAUUUCCAGGAUAGACCUUCGGGUUCUGAUCGGGACGGACACCCUCCGUGAUGGGACAGGGGAGGUGAGGACCAUCUCCCGCUCCAUCGUCCACCCCUCCUACAACCCCCGAAAGAACGACAACGACUUCAUGCUGCUGAGGCUCAACAAACCCGUGCGUUUCAGCAACAACAUCAAAAAAAUCCGCCUGGCCACCAGGUGCCCCACGGAUGGGAUGCGCUGCAGCGUGUCGGGGUGGGGAACCACCAGAUCCCCGGGAGCUCAGCUCCCCAGGGACCUGCAGUGCGCGGGCGUCCAGGCCUUUGGCAGGGAGAAGUGCAUGAGGGCAUACGGGAGAUCCAUCACCCCCAACAUGUUCUGCGCCGGCGUCCCCAGGGCGGUGUCGAUUCGUGCCAGGUGAGAAAAGUCCCUUCCG